CAGUACCGAUUGAGGAAACUGUAAGUGUUUUAGUUCUUUCUCUUUCUUUCUUUUUUAGGUUUCUUCAGUAAACAUUGAAUUCUUGAGCUUCGCCUGUUCUUGUUUUCUUUCAUAUUUGCCAUCAUACUAAUUAGUUGUAUUUCUUUCUGUAAAAUAGUUUUAUUGAAAUGAUGAAAAUUUUCUGCCAACGGAAACUUGAUUUUCUUAUUAAGGGCAGAUGGGGGAACUUAAAAAAUUGGUUGAAGAAGGUAAAAUUAGAUACAUUGGGCUCUCCGAAGCUAAUCCAGACACAAUAAGGAGGGCACAUGCAGUUCAUCCUAUAACUGCUUUACAAAUGGAGUACUCUCUCUGGACUCGUGAUAUUGAGGAAGAAAUUAUCCCACUUUGCAGGGAACUUGGAAUUGGAUUAGUGCCAUACAGCCCCGUUGGUCGUGGAUUAUUUGCUGGCAAAGCAGUUGUGGAAAGUCUACCUCCAAAUAGUUUCUUGGAAACACAUCCUAGGUUUACAGGACAGAACUUUGAAAAGAACAAGACCAUUUAUCUUCGGUUAGAAGGGUUGGCUAAAAAACAUGGAUGCACCCCUGCUCAACUUGCAAUUGCAUGGGUUCUUCAUCAGGGGAAUGAUGUAGUUCCUAUUCCAGGAACGACUAAGAUUAAAAAUCUUCAUGAUAACAUUGGCUCCGUGAAAGUGAAGCUCACAACAGAUGACCUGAAAGAAAUUUCUGAUGCAGCGCCCAUCAGUGAGGUGGCAGGGCAGAGAAUUGGCGAAGUUCUUUAUCGAAUUUCAUAUAAGUUUGUGAAUACUCCACCACCAAAAAACGAAUCAGCUUAAUGUACAUCUGCUCUGAUGGUAUACAUGAGUUGGUUAGUUUUGCAUCUUCUCUAUAGCAGGAUAUGUUGCCUUAGGUGUUUGUGUAACGAUGACUAUGGUGUUAAUGUGCUAAGUAUUUGUGUAAUGUGAUUUUGGCCGAUAUUGAAUGUCACAAUUUUAAUGAUUCGUGGUGUUUUUGAAUGUAUUGAGGUGUUUUAGGUGGUUUCGAUCAAUGUUUUGGAGACCAAAUUUAAAAAAAUAAUAAUAAUAGUAUUUCUUCUUUGUUUCUAAAAU